UCUGCCUGUCUGCCUGUCUACGUGAUCAAUGUGCAAUGUGUUUGUCCUAAUAGUUUGUCUCUGUAUGUCUCUUUGAAAUCUGUACUCACUACAGGACAGAGAUCUACGGCCAGAGGAAAUUGAAGAGCUGAAAGAAGCCUUUCGCGAGUUUGACAAAGAUAAGGACGGCUUCAUUAGCUGUAAGGAUCUGGGCGAGUGCAUGAGGACGAUGGGCUACAUGCCCACAGAGAUGGAGCUGAUUGAACUCAGUCAGCAGAUCUGUGGCGGUAGAGUGGACUUCGAGGACUUUGUAGACCUGAUGGGCCCAAAGAUGUUGGCUGAGACUGCAGACAUGAUUGGAGUGAAAGAACUGAGAGAAGCUUUUAGAGAGUUUGAUUCCAAUGGUGAUGGUCAGAUCAGUCUGGCUGAACUGAGGGAAGCCAUGAAGAAGCUGAUGGGAGAGCAGCUCAACCACAGAGAGAUUGAUGAGAUCCUCAGGGAUGUUGACCUCAAUGGAGACGGCCUGGUUGACUUUGAAGAGUUUGUCCGAAUGAUGUCUCGCUAACUUAGAGGACACAUGACAAAGGGAGAAAGCCAUCAGUUUGCCAACUCCUGAAGAGUGAAAUAAUAUGCGUCUCCUUUAAUUAACUACCUUAUGUAAUUAAACCAUGCUCUUUCCAUACAGAGACCUUUAUUUCACACAUGGGCUUGUUUUUAUGACAAAGGAAAGGAAAACUAUGUUCUGACCAACUAACCAUGACCUAAAAAGACUAAGUCAAAUUAGACCAAAGACCACAACAACUUAACUAAUUUAUUAAAGAGGUUUCCUCUGUUCAGAAUUGUAAGGGGACCACAGUCUGUAGCACACAUUAUCUAUAAAAGCAUGCUAUGAAAAAUUAAUUUUAACUACUGACAUUUGUAUACAAGAUGUACAUGGUCAUUGUGGACUGACAAUGCAAAGGCAGAUAUAAAUCAGUAUUAUGUGUGUUUUGGAAAGUAAACCACUGGCUAAUGGGUCUAGAGUUCCUGUAUGAUGCUUUUAGGGCUUUGUUAUGCUUUCCCUGUGGGAACAACAGGAUAUUAGCAUGCAAAACUGGUUAUCAUACAACUCCGGAAGAGUCUGGAAUUAUUGAACACAAUUGCCAUGGAGAUCCCUUGUAAGAACCUGUUUCUGACACCCAUGUGAUCUCCCUUUGCAUAUGUUUGUGUUUAAACCGAUGUUUUUUUGUUUUUGUUUUCCGAACUGUUCUUGCCAACAGCACUGAACUAUAAAAAACAUAUUUUAAUAUUUUUAUUGUUAUUUCUGUAUUCAUAACGAUUGUAAAUAUUCAAUAACUAAUUCAAUUAAAUGGAAUUCGUUUAAA